UACUUACUAUACUACACUCAGCCUUAUCCAGUUUUUCAAAAGAAGUUUUCAACUAUGAACUCAGUCUCUACUUUUUCUGAACUUCUUGGCUCUGAGAACGAGUCUCCGGUAGGUGGUGAUUACUGUCCCAUGUUGGCGGCGAGCUGUCCGAAGAAGCCGGCGGGUAGGAAGAAGUUUCGGGAGACACGUCACCCCAUUUACCGAGGAGUUCGCCUUAGAAAAUCAGGUAAGUGGGUGUGUGAAGUGAGGGAACCAAACAAAAAAUCUAGGAUUUGGCUCGGAACUUUCAAAACAGCUGAGAUCGCAGCUCGUGCUCACGACGUCGCCGCCUUAGCUCUCCGUGGAAGAGGCGCCUGCCUCAACUUCGCCGACUCGGCUUGGCGGCUCCGUAUCCCGGAGACAACCUGCGCCAAGGAUAUCCAGAAGGCUGCUGCUGAAGCCGCAUUGGCUUUUGAGGCCGAGAAGAGUGAUACCACGACGAAUGAUCAUGGCAUGAACAUGGCUUCUCAGGCCGAGGUUAAUGACACAACGGAUCAUGGCCUGGACAUGGAGGAGACGAUGGUGGAGGCUGUUUUUACUGAGGAGCAGAGAGACGGGUUUUACAUGGCGGAGGAGACGACGGUGGAGGGUGUUGUUCCGGAGGAACAGAUGAGCAAAGGGUUUUACAUGGACGAGGAGUGGAUGUUCGGGAUGCCGACCUUGUUGGCUGAUAUGGCGGCAGGGAUGCUCUUACCGCCGCCGUCCGUACAAUGGGGACAUAAUGAUGACUUCGAAGGAGAUGUUGACAUGAACCUCUGGAAUUAUUAGUACUCAUAUUUUUUUAAAUUAUUUUUUGAACGAAUAAUAUUUUAUU